AUGGCUCCUCCUCCUCCUUCCGCGACCUUGCCUCUGGUCGAGAGACUCAAGGCCUUGGCCCAGACUCUCCAGUUUGCCUGGUUCGUUGGACAUGUGACGCUAUUGCUCUCCGUCUUCCGCUACCUCCUCUCUUGCAUCUUCUUCAACUACUACUCCUCCUCGGCACAGAUCGCCUACCGUCUGACCUUCAUCUCGGCCGCUGUGACGUAUGGAAUCGUUGUGUACAAGGGUCACUUCGCCCGGGGUGUCCAGGGUAGCCCUCUGUCAAUUGUGAUAAAGCUCAUCUCUGAUGAGAAUGUGCAAUACCUCGGCAUGGCCCUGGUCUGGCUGUACUCGCGCCAGCUCAUUCUGGCUCUUCUGCCUUUCAGCGUCUACUCGGUCUUCCACGUCGCAACCUACAGCCGCAUGUACUUGAUUCCCACCCUGCAGCCCGCUGCUCCGGCCCCUGCCUCUCCCUCCUCCCCCAGCUCCAAGCCCGCUGUCAAGCAGUCUCCCCUCGCCGAGACCAUUGGACGCUUCAUCAAGCAAUACUACGAUGCCAGCAUGGGUGUUGUCGCUACCCUCGAGAUCGCCCUGCUCUUCCGUCUUGUUCUGUCCGCUAUCACUUUCUCCAAGGGUAGCUGGGUGCUCCUGAUCGUCUACCUGUCUUUCUUCCGCGCCCGCUACGCCCAGAGCUCCUUCGUCCAGCAGGCUGUUCGCCAGCUCACUGCCCGUGCCGAUGCCGCCAUCUCUCACCAGAGCACUCCUCCCCAGGUUCGCCAGGGCUGGGAGACCCUCAAGGGUGUUGUGCGCCAGGGAUACGAGGCCACCGAUAUUGGCCGCUACAUUUCGGGCCCUACCUCUGCGAAGAAGCCCCAGUAA